AUGCAUGAUUCCGAUGCUGGUUCCGAUGUUGAGUCCGAUGCUGGAUCUGAUGGAGACGAGGAAGAAGAAGAAGAAGAAGAAUCAGAGAACGACCACGAAGUAUCAGAGCAAAUGGAUAACGCUCCCUUGGAAAAGUCGGUAUUGGAGUCCAUUGCUUCAUUCAUGACUAACGCCAAUAAUGUACACAAGAAUGACACCUUUGAGCCGGAGUCGAUCAACACCAAUCCUGACGAACAUAAAGAAGAAACCCAUGAGUCUGAGACAAAUGCCCAUCUUGACGAACAAGCCAAUACCGCCAUGAACUUAGAGUCGGAAACUUUGCUUCAAAACGAGGAGAUCCAGGAAAAUACAGCUAUAGAGUCUGAGUCUGAGGAAGAGAGCAACUCGCCCUCACCACUUAUUUUCCGUACUCUUCUGGAACAUGAGCCAGAAGAGGUUUUAGACCAGCUUAAAGAAACCGAAAAGCGUUUCAACAUCAAGUUGAACGUUGUAUCAGCUAUGGAAGAGGAGCUUUCCCGGGUUUCUGGACUGCUGAGCUCACACAGCCAAAACGUCGGUCUGGUGGAUGAAGAUGCUGACGACGAAAUGGCAGCUGCAAUUCAGGAAGCCAUAGAGUCAAGCCAAACCAACGCAGGCGAGGAAUACCAAGCGGACUCUGAGCUGGAGGCUAUCCAGAACAAUGAAAUUCAGGCAGUCCUCGAUUCUGUAGAGCAUCAGAUUGGCAGGGAAGAGAGGAAAGAAGCUGAAGAAACUGCCGGAGAGGUCGUUGAACAUGUUUCUGAAGUACCGCCUCCACACAUUGAAAAACCAAUUCUUGAAGCUGUUCCCCCAGGACCAGAAGAAACGUAUAUCGAUGCAACAACAGAAAUUGAUGCUGAGGUAGACGAUACAGAAAAGACUUCAUUACCAAACGUCGAUGAGAAAUCCGAGCACGAAAUGACCGACAUUUUAGGGUCUGAAUCUGAGAACAAUGAACGAGUUUCAAUCCUAAAGGGACCUUCAAUUGAUGGUAAUGAACUCGAAAAUAAGACCACUCGCGACUUAGAGUCACCAUCUAAAAACAACGAUACGAGCACACUCCCAGAAGACACAAUUUCACUUCAUGACAAUGCUCUUGGGGAGGACAGUUCCAGGAACUCUCAGUCGCAGGGUAUCGAAAAGAGAUCAUUCUCUGAAGAUACCCAACCAGUUGACGAUGCUAUAUCUAAGAUUGAAAGUUCUAGCAUCUUACAAUCUCCAUCUGAACAUAGGGAAACAUCAGCUGGCGAGUUCAAUUCUAUGAAUGAGGCUUCUAGGUCUCAGUCAGAAGAUACAGAUGAUAAACCAACCAUACAAUUCCAGCUGGUCAGCGAAGACGAAAGCAAUACUUUACAGUCUCAAACUGAAAAUGAAGACACACUUACAGAACGGGUUGAGCAUCUCGAGACCGAGAACACCAACACUUUUGAGGCUCAACCUGAUCAAAUCGAAGUCACCGACGAGAUUCGAUUGGACGAAGAAGAAAAUAGUGCCUCUAUUAUACCGCAAUCGGCUGAACUCGAUGUUGAAAUGGAAGAGGUGAAUAAUGAUUCACCUUCUGAGAACGUGGAUUCUGAAACAAAAAUGGAAGAGGAAGCGGUUCAGAAAGAGGCUGAGGAUAUGGCUGAAGAGUUAGUUGGUGAAGUUCUUAGCAACGAGCAACAAUUUUCUCAUGAGUCUUCCGCAAUUGAUGAAAAUGUGCAAAUGGAAAAUGGCACAAUCACACACGAGACUGAACCAACUUCACCAGUACCUACUGAAGGACACGAAGAGCAAUUGGAGAGUAACGAUUUGAGUAUUGAGAGAAAUGAAGUGGAUAAUGAUGUGGAAAGUAAGGUGGAGUUCGAAGUAGAAAAUUAUGUGGAAAUUGAAGUCGAGAAUGAACCCGAAGUGGAAAAUCAUGAACAAAGUGAAGAAAAUGAGGAGGUAAAUGGUUCGGAGAUUGAAGAGGAAAUCGAACAUGAACUAGUAGUGGAAAGUAAACUGGAGUAUCAAGUGGAAAAUGACGUGGAAGAUAUUGUGCAAACUGAACACGAAAAUGAAACCGAACUAGCAGUGAAGAAUGAUGUCGAGAGUGAAAUCAAAAAUGAAGAAAAUGAAGUUAAUGAUACCCAAAAUGAAGCGGAGAGUAAAGUGGAUUACGAAGUGGAAAGCGAUGUGGACAAUAAUGUAAAAAGUAACGUGGAAAAUGAAGUCGAAAAUACAGAUGAAGUGGAAAAUGAGAUUGAUGAACUGGAAACUGAGGCAGGGGAAAAAUCUGACCCGGGAAAAAUUGUGCCUGAGAGCAGCGCAAGCGUUACUGUGCAAGGUAUAGUAGCUGGCGAUGAGGGCCUCAAAUAUGUUGAAAUUGAGGAAACCGUCACAGAGGUCCAAGAAGUACUCUAUCCAUCAGCUGUUUUAGAGCCUUUUGAAGAGGAGCCUGCCAAAGAAAAUGUUACUCUGGACAGAUUAGAAGCAGAAGAAUACUUUUCGAAUGACGACGACGAAGAGAAGGUGGCUGUUGCUCUUCCUUCUGUCAUAAUUGAGGAAGGAGAAGAGGUUCUUGUCAGAGAAAAUUCAGAGCAGUCUGAUGAAAAUAGUUUCACGCAAGAGGAGGAAAUUAAAGAUGAAGCUUUGGCUUCAUCAGACGAGAAGGACAAUCAUGGAAAGAGUUUAGAGGGUGAAGCCAAAGAUGAAAUUAAUCAAUCUUCGACCGACCAGCUUGAGACCGAACCUGAACACACGUCUGGGCGUAAGAGACAUUUUGAAGAAGUUGAAGAAGAGGAAGACAAGCAUCUGGCGGGGUCAACAUUCAAGAGAUUUCGUACCUUUGUAUCAAGCUUCUUUGGAAAGAAAAGGGAGCCAAGUUCGAAUCAAGCUGAAGAUAUUUCUGUGCCUCGAAUCUCUCCUCCAACCUUGUCACCUGUUGAAUCAGAGACGGAAGUUGAAGAGGACUCGGAAGGAUCUGAAUUGCCAAUUAAUACUGAAGAUGAAACUGAGGACAGAGAUGCUUUUGUUGAAUCUGAGGAAAAUGAUGAACGUUCCUCUUCAAACUCUGACGCAGGCGCCAAUAAUGAGGUUAAUGAUUCUGAAGCGGAAACUGAAGUCAGCGACGAGGAAAACUUGAAAGAGAGAAAAAACCGCUUUGAUGUUCAAGAGGACCUUGAAUCAGUUCCUACCGUUGAAGCGAUUCAAACUCUAAAGAAAAGACAUCCACGAAUGCUUCAAGGCUUGGAUAUUUCUGAGGAGAUGUUGCAGCCCAGUCAUUCCUUGCGCAACGGCCACACAUACGGGAAACCUGGUUCACUGCAGUCUACACCUGAAGAGCCCAAGUUGCGAAUCCCCAAGCGUGGAAUGAGAAGACAAAAUGUACCAAAACUUAUUGACACUUCCAUAAGACCAGAUGAGGAUUAUCCUGCGUUCCGAACCAGGUCGAAGUCUCCUCUCAAACGUUCACUUCAAGAGAUAAUAUCCACGGAGGAAGAUGUUAUUGCACCAAGAAGAAGGUCGCGGCGAGUUGCACAGCAGAAGAUGAAAGCACCUGAUAAUGAAAAUGAUGGGAUGGACGACGGAAAAUAG